GACUACUUUCUUUAUAAGCAGCAGCUCUGGGCCCGAAAUGGCAGUCUCCACUGCCUUGCUACGGCCACAAGAUGGAAAUCUGCAAAGGCCCCUACAGUCUCCUAUUCUUUCUCCUCUUCCUGUUCCAUUCAGAGGCAGCCAGCCGCCCCUUUGGGAGAAGACCCUACAAGAUGCAAUCCUUUAGAAUCUGGGAUAUCAACCAGAAGACUUUCUACCUGAGGAAUGACCAACUUGUCGCUGGAUACCUGCAAAUGCCAAAUACUAAAUUAGAAGAAAAGAUAGACAUGGUGCCCAUUGACCCUCACACUGUGUUCUUGGGGAUCCACAAGGGGAAGCUGUGCCUGUCCUGUGUCAAGUCUGGUGAUGACAUCAGGCUCCAGCUGGAGGCAGUUGACAUCACUGACCUGAGCAAGAACAAGGAGCAGAACAAGCGCUUCACCUUCAUCCGCUCGGAGAGCGGCCUCACCAUCAGUUUUCAGUCAGCCGCCUGUCCGGGCUGGUUUCUCUGUACAGUGGUGGAAGCCGACCAGCCUGUCCGCCUCACCAACAACCUGGAGGACUCUGGCAUGAUCACCAAGUUCUACCUCCAGGAGGACAAGUAGUACUGCCCUGUCCGGCCCUUCCCUACUUCCCAGCCAUCAGUGACUCCAAGAACUGCCUCUCCACCUCUGCUCAGGAGGCUCCUGGCUGUCACAGAUUCAAGGAGCAACUUUUGCGGGUGGACUUUGGAAGGAAGCCCAAGAGCCCUGCUGGCAGGCCUCUGCCUGCAGCCUCUGACUGACAGCCUCCCUGCUGCCUCUAGAAUGGUCCUUCAAAGUGCAAACAGCCCCAGCGCAAAGCCCUUCACCUCUGCCUUUCAGGUGAAAUCCAGACUACUGCCCAGUUGGAGUUGCUCCUUCCCCCGCAUGCCACAGUGCACCUGCUGGCUCUAGGCGCCUGCUCUCCUCUUCCCCUUCGCCCUUCUUCCUUGCCCCACUAUCCAUUGCCCAGAUCCAGCAGGGUACUAGUUGACCCCACUGAGUGACUCCCACCAGCUGGUGCUGGUCCAUGGGGAGGUUUGUUAUUGCUUGUUUUGUUGUAGGUGCUGGGGAUUGAACCCAGGGCCUCAUGCAUACUAAGAACACAUGCGCUGUACCAGAGAUGUGCCCCCAGCUCACAGGGACAGUUUUAAGAAUCGGUGGAAAUAGAAACAAGUUUAUGACAAUUUUAAAGCCAGCUUUACUCAGUGUGGAAGGGAAUCCUGCAUUUGGAGGUUAUGUUCUUUCUGAGAGGGGCCGAAGGAUUAGAAAGUUCCUCCCGUGUGAAAUGAUGGCAGAAAUGGGGAAGUCGGUGAUAGUUUUUCUUUCUUUUUUGGUAAUAUCUCAAACUGCCAAAAUUACAAGUGAGUGGACUACAUUGGCCCUCUAGUGUAUUUUUACUUUUUGCAACAUUUUUCCCAGAACUGGGCCUCUCUGCGGGGGCCCCAAACACCAUCUCUACUCCAGAUCUCUUUUGCAGCUGCCUACAGUAAUUUCCCUCCCGUGGGAAGUUCCCCAACUCUGCACUGUGCAAAUGUGGCUCCCCGGUGUCCUUCCCUUGCAGCCAAGGAGGCAAGAACCCAUGAACUGAGACUCCGAAGAAAGAUGGCUGCGUAGCUGUCUGCCCCCCAGCAGACUGGGAGCUCCCGAGAGCAGAAAGCCUGAUUGUGUGUGUUGGCUCCCUCUGGGGCAGAGCGCCUGGCCUGGCCCUUGAUAGGUACUCAGUGAAUGUGUGUUGUACGUUCUUAGGUAAAUAAUUUCUUACUCCCUAUGACUUUAGCUAUGUUUUACAGUAAAAUCUUGAAAAUGCCUA